AGAAACAGAAAAACCAUACAAAGCUGAGAAAAGAAGCAAGAAACAACGAAAGACACUGCAACCAGAACUCUCUCCCUCCUUUUUCUUCAGUUUCUCUCUCGGGAUUAUUAAAAAAGGCAAAACCCAAUUUCCAAGUAUGAAAAGUGGCAAAAGUUGAAAUUUUUUACAUUACACACCAUCUUUUCUGCCUUAUAAAUUGAUGUGAAGAACGGUUUCAUUUGGAUAAAAAACACAUUCAACUCUCUCUCUCUCUCUCUCUCUCUGUGUAUCUCUAAUCACUAUCCGUCUCGGUGCCUGUUUGUGAAGAGGGUCUUUUCACGUGUUCUCUUUUCUUGUGUUGCGUUUUUCUCUUCUUUUUCCUUGGUUUUCCCGAGAAAACGUAUCUGGGUUUUACUCAUUUUAAGGCCCUUUUCAGGCGGUGGUUGGUGGAUUUUUGUGGGGUUGUCAAUAUAUAAAAGGGUCUCUUACUUUUGGUGUGAAGCAGUGAUUUUUUUUUAUACAAAUCAGGUUUUUGUUUUAGGGAGGUAAGAGGAGAAUGGAAGGGAAUAAACGAAAGGGUGCUUCUUCCUUUACUUCUGAGCUCUUUGGUUCCAAAGAGUCUCACCCUUCUUCUUCUGGGAUUUUUGGGUCCAUUUUUUCUCCUCCAUCGCCUAAGGUGUUGGGGAGAGAAUCUCUGCGUUCUGAAGUGAGUGGCAAAACUGCCAAUGAGACCUGGAGCUCCAAAUUUGGUAUUCAAGAUGACUUCUCCAAGGGCAAUGAUGGCCAAGCUCAAAACGCAGUGGAUAAGGAUAUGAGUUCAAUCUAUCAGGAUCAAAGAGUUCAUCCAUGUCACCUUAGUUCAUCAAUCUAUUAUGGUGGCCAGGACAUCUAUUCUCAACCUCAGAGUGCACAGAAUGAGGGAUUAAACUCUUUGAACAAGAAUGAUGGAGGAGAAGAUGAUCCAGGAAUUGCUUCAAGAGGAAAUUGGUGGCAAGGGUCUCUCUAUUAUUAAGAUCACCCUUGCCAGGGCAUAUAUGCCUCAUUCCUAUAGGUACAUAGCAUGAUAGCUUAGCAGUAUAGCCCAUCUUUUGUUAUGUGGAAGAACUAUACAAUAGUCAGAAGGUUGUGGAGAGCCAGUUGCUUUCUCAGGCCAAACAACAGAAUCAUAAUGUGAAUGUGCCAACAUUUGCAUCUUUUCAAUUUAUUGUAAAUAAUAUUGUGGUCGGUCAUCCUAUAGGAAUUAUAUGUAUUAUCAGCUAUUCUAAAAGCUGAAGCUUUGGAAUUAUUUACUUUAAUGGAAGAAACUCUUUACUUGUUUCACCUCUACCUUUGUACUUCAGCUACUCGUAUAUUUAUGUGUGUGUAUCGGUUGAUCUUGUGUGGCUUGAAACUAAAAUCAUUUAUCUUAAUUGGAG